AUGAUCCUGGCACAUUACUCGGACGUCGACCCCAAAAUCAAGCACGACUACUCCCAGAUGCAGUGGGAAGCCCUUUUCUAUGUUCAGGCUCAGGACGUCGCCCGCCUCUUGCGCGAAGGUCUGUACAUGUCCGAGCAGAACGUUAUCCCAGAGACGGGCUGCAUCACCCGGAUGCGUGACCUGACGAUCUCAAGAAGCACGGCUGAAUCCAUGCACGCCGGUAUGUCAUGA